AGAACAGUUCGUCAACGUACUGUUUCUGUAGUUUCAUCGAGGAUUAGGAUGGUGUGUAACUUCGCCCAUUCCUUCAUUAGUUUUCGUGGAACAUCACAACCUCGUUUUGCGCCGUCCUCGAAUGUACUUAUCGUCAUAACGCUGGUAUGCCCAGUGAAAGUGAAACACUGACGGAUUCUCGAGGAAACAUUCUGAUUGUGUCAAUACGUGGUCAUUGUUUUUAGGUUGCGGUGUAUCACUCUUGUCAAGAUUCUCCAACCUACCAUACGAUAAAUGUUAGAAACACUUCAUUUUUUAGGCAAUUUCGCAUAUAAUUCGACUGCAUUUGAGCGACUUCACCGGCCCCUUGCUGCUCAUGAAGAGUGUGUGGAGACGAGGUUCAUUACCUCGUGCCCCCUCUGGGUGGAAAAGAAGUUUCUCAGUUCUCAUGGUCAUUGGGAUUACUCUGCUAUUAGUGGCACAGUACAAUGGCGAGCAAGCCAACGCUUCGGGGAAAACGGAAGGGGUUCCUGAGGCGGACUCCGUGUCCGCGCAAGACCACGCACACCGUUCCGCCCUCAGCGGAGUUGAGGGACGCAUUCCAGGAAGCCGAGCAAGGAAGCCGCUGCAGCCUGGCCCUCAGAUUAUGGCGGGAUCCAUUGCCAUGCACCCUUCCUCGUCAGUUUUUGUGGAUCUCGUCACUCCGGAUUCUUCCUACGUAUGCAGCGCAGUGAGAGUGCUUCCUACCGCAAUUUCGUCCAAGCAAAGGCAACUCCCUGAGGUCUCGCUGCCAAUCCCACUGGAAGACUCGAGAAAGCGGCGCAUGCAGGUUUAUGGAGGGGACGCUUUGGCGUUUAGGAAUGGCGGUGGACGCAGCGGAGGCCAGCAAGCCCCCAUGCCUCCCUUCCUGUACAAUUACUACACCAAUUACUAUCCCGCGUAUCCAUCCAGUUCCUCCGCUUACGAGUAUCCUGAGAGUGCAGCCGUGGAGCGACCGUUUGUACCAAGUCUGCCGCAGCCAUACUACAGCACCUCCGUCUUCCCACCUUCUAGAGGGAUUCCAUCACCAUCGCAGAUGGUUUACCUGCCGAGUGCGUCUCCUGGAUCGUAUAUGCAGCCAUCACCACAGCAGGCGUACCAAACGCAGUAUCGUGUCGUACAAGACAGGAAUAUAGAAGAUCCCAGAGCGUGGCAGGCGCCUCCCACUCCAGCGCCGCCGCCGCCAGCAACACCUUCUCCAACUCCUUCCCCUCCCUGGGUCAUUUCUCCGGAAGGAACUGUACGGCACCCCGUUACGUUGCCAGUGGGAACCACAGUGACGGCUCCCGUCACGAUUCCAAUCACUCUGCCGAUUACAUCGCCUUCACUGUCCCCGCUUACCAUUGCCUUUCCUCUCACCAUUCCUGGAGAGCGAGACUUCUUUCCUCCCCCUUUUCGGCCGGGCGACCCCUCUCCUUCGCCUCCCACUUCCCCAGCUCCUUCCCCUUUGCCUCUCCCCUACUAUCCCUACCCUCCUUACUAUCCACCCAGCCCUCGUCCAGGUCCUCCUGCAGCACCGGGAAAUCCUCCAGAUUAUCCUCGUCCUCCGACCCAGCCUUCACCUGCUCCUCCGACUCCUCCAAUUGUGACUCCGCCGUACCCAAUCUACCCUUACCCGCCGUAUUUUCCUUACCCACCUCCACAGACACCUGCUCCUUCGCCGUCUCCAGCUCCCACUCCGCCUGAAAAUGGAAAUCCACCUCUGCCCUCGCCUGUCCCCGUGCGUCCAACGCCAACUCCAAGGCGGCCCGGAAGAGGCGGCGGAACAGACUCUUCGGAAUAUCCAGAGGACAAAAUGGAACUCCAGCGGAACAGAGAGGAAGAAUCGGAGGCGAUUCCUUGGUCAUCUUCGGAUCCCGUUUCCACUUCUGCAGUCAAGGACAAAGGUGUGCGGCGUCCCGAGGAGGCUCAACAGCAAGCCUUUCCUUUGCGGGCAGGGACGGCAGUAAAAGACGGGCAACUGGAUAUCACAGCAGGAGUGGUAAAUGGUGUCGCCGAUGAAACCAUCGAGGGCCAAGGUGUACUGGCAUCCGAACAGCAAGGGGCCGGUGUGGAAGCAGAAGUGUUUCUCGAUUUCUUAGGGAAAGCAGUUCCCCCAGCCCUGCAGACAGUGCCGACGAUAAUCCCUACGGGAAAAGACGUUAUUUCAGCCGAUCUUUCGUCAACUCUGAGAGUCAAGGAGACUACGCCUUCUGCCACAAUAAGCAAAGAAGGAAUCAAUAUAAAUCCCUCUGCAUUUGAUCAACUGAUGGCAGCGAUCGUGGCCAAAAUAGACAGCCGUGAUCGAUCUGAGCCCCUCUUUCUCCCCUCAAUCUGCCCUGCGUGUAAAGUGGACAUCGUGACUUAUGCGCCGAUACAGAUGCCCGAACCCGAUGUAGACUCUUUCGAGAGAGCACGAGACCAACUCACUUACCUGCAGCGGCAACGAGUUCCCAAUGGAGUGCAGCCAGCGCGAGGGAGGAGGGAACAGGGAGAGGACCGAGCAGCAACGGUAAUGGCGUCAAUGACGGUAGAAGAGGAACUUACUGAUCAGACGACAAACGAGAAGGAAGCUGCGACACUGCCAAAAUCGAGUUCCAGUGAGCAAGCGACAGAAGUACACGACGGAGAAGACCACGAUGUUGCCGGAAAUGCCCCUGUAGUUCUGCCCAAAAUAACAUCAGCGUUUCUCGAAGCACUUCAUGUAGCAGAAGGCAACAAAACACAAACUUCGGAAGAAGCGACGAAACGAAAGGCGGCUGUAGUCAAUCCGGAUACGGCACCUGAAACAGAAGAUCUGAGCAGUCUCUUCUCUCCUGUUAACAGAAGAAGACGACCAAAGGAGUUCCGGUCUCUCUCACGAGAACGCGACGGAACAGCCUACGUGAGGAACGGAAACCAGACAGUCCCGGAAACGUACAUUAAAGGAAGCAUCCGCCUCAGCGCCACUCCCCCACUCAAACGAGAGGAGAUUACUCAGGGAACUGAUGACAUCGCGGCGCCCUCUGUGUAUCGGAGCAGACUUGACGCCGGAGACGAAGAGGGAACAUUUGCUGUCUUGUUCGCUUGCUACCGCCCAUAUGAAGAUGUAGAACCGCUUCUGAUGGCAAGCCUGGAGGUCAGGGUGGCAAACGAGAUGCCUCUCCACGCGCAAUCAUGAAGAUUUUGCAGCGACACAAGAAAUCGCUGUAUUUGACCAUCCACGACUGUCCACAGGGAGCUCCCUUGGGAGUACAGUUUCCUCGUAAACUCUCAUCGAAAUCCGAAGGUGUUUUGAGUGUCACCUGAAGAGGUCUCUUACAGAAUCUUCCCGCCGACUUUUUAAUCAUUUUUGGUACCAGUUGUCGAAUCUUGCGCGGUACGUGAGCCGCUUUCAUACCCUAGUUUUGCUGGUCACUAGUUGAUAUCUGCUUUGGUGCUGGCGAGGGCUCCCCUCCUUGCGGGGAGUCGAUCGUCUAUUGCGGGGUUAAGGUUUUUUUUUAACGUUCCAUAAGCAAGCACUUGCGUCCUCUCGUCCGUGUCAAUUUGUGGCUUCCUUGUCCGACCACGUUCACAGCAGGGACGGACUGUUUGAGUCAGUGAACCGCCCGAUUCCAGAAUUUCCUUGGAUGUAGCUGUGUCCCUGCAACAGUCCUACCACAGCGUUUCAAAACCGAUUUUUUGAAGACAAGGAACCACAUAAUCAAACGAAACUUCGAUAGGCGAACUGCCUGUGGACACUAACAUCGUGUGCAGAC